AUGAGUAAGACGAGUGUGAAAUCACCUCCGUCUCCACCAUCAAAAGUUUCUUCUAAAUCGGCAAGUAUAGUCUCGCAAACCAAAAAUGAUUCGGACGAAGACGAAUUCAAAACAAAACCAGACUUUAUUUACGGUGGACCUUUUAUACCUGUGGAGAAACCUAGCCCCUUAUUGGGCACAUCUACACCGAUCAACAUGCCGCUGCAAGGCACUUUUAAAAAGAGUUUCGCUUAUUAUUCGCUCAUAGAAAGAUUACCCGUAAUAUUGACGAAAGUUAUAGAUUACUGUUCGAGGGAGGCGGCGUCAAUUAAAUCGUCAUGUGGUGCCUCCGAUCAAGACUUGCGCGCCUUCAUACAUUAUGUCAGCAAACUCAAAAAUGAUUUGGUCACAAACAAAAAGUAUGAUUUAUUGCAAGUGGACACGCCUGAAGCUAAAAAAUGGAACGAAUGGAUACAAGCGGCGCCAAACCAAUACUACUUCACAAAUACAUGGGUUUUCAGUGAAUGCUAUGUUUACAGGAGGCUAAGAGAAGGCUGUGAACUAAACAAAACUUUAGCUAAUUUCGACCCUUUCCAAGAGCAAAAGUCGCAAGCGUUUCUGGGCACUGUGGAACCGAUGUGCGUAGUGGCUGAUAAACUAGUGACAAUGUUACCUGAGAGCGAGAAGGACAAAAGAAAGGCUGACUUUAUCACUCUUAUCAAGAUAUGCUUAUGGGCAAACAAGUGCGACUUAUCAUUGUCGGUAGGAAACCAAGUGACAUUAAAUGGUAACGAAACCGUUAAUAGUGCCAUCAUGGAUCCGUUCCAGAUGAUAACGGAUCUCAAAGACAAGUUGCUUGUAGAUGACACUGCCAAAGCGGCAGACCAAAUAAUGACCAAAGCUGAAAACAUGGCGAAAGCUAUUGAAGGGGCUUCAGUAAGUAUAGAAGCACCGCCACCGGCAGCAGAUGGAUCGGAAGAACAAGAAUCGCCCAAGGUUCCUUGCCCGGCUAAAAUGACGAUACCACAAUACGUUAUGUUUGACAUCGUGUGUGACAAUGCGGGUUACGAACUAUAUGCCGACUUGUGCUUAGCCCACUUUCUUAUAUCACAGAAGAUAGUACAAAAGGUCAGAUUUCAUGUGAAGAAAAUCCCUUGGUUUGUGUCCGAUGUCACCCCCAAAGAUUUUAGAUAUGUAAUCGAGCAAUGCAGAAAAGCCAAUUUUAGCAAAACAGUACCUCAAGCACCUAAACCAGAUGCGGUUGAAGGCGAAUCUCCACCGCAACCUGUAGUCGUAACUGCGGACAACCUGCGGCGAAUCGGCGAUCAGUGGGCGCAGUUUCUUGAAGACGGCACAUUUAUUGUGAUGUGCGACGACUUCUGGACCUCCCCGCACAUAUUCAAAGACAUGAAGAAGUACGACUACAAUUUGUACCGUAAACUACAAUUCGCCGUCGCCGUAAUGUUUAAAGGCGACCUGAACUAUAGGAAACUAUUGGGAGAGAGGAAUUGCAGUUCUGUGCUUGGGUUCGAAGCCGCGUUACAAGGGUUCAUCCCAGCGCCGAUUCUUGCAGUGCGCACUGUGAAAGCUGAGAUCAUAUGCGGUCUGCCCAAAGGCAAAUGGGAUCAGAUCACGAAAAUAGACCCAGAUUGGAUGAGGACAGGCGAUUAUGGAGUUAUUCAUUUCUGCGCAAAGGCCGAACCACUAAAGGCAGCAGAAAGACCUUGCCCUGACUAUGGCGAUCAAUGCAAGGGUGUCGUCUGUCCAACAUAA